AUGGGGAACAAAAGCACGGUGGAUCUUACCAUCCCCGACGCCGUUUCGGCCCUCAAGGCGAGAAUGGAAAGUGACGAGGAGGCCAGACUCGAGAAGCAGAAGCGUCCCAUGGCGGAGUCUCGAGAGCUUAAGGAGAUGCCCAAGUUGAAAAUUCCCAACCAGGAACCGACGCCCGUUGCCUCUUCGACAACAGCGCCUUUCGAUGUCGGUUCGUCGUCCUCCCCGAACACGCAAGGAAACGAAAGCAUCGCGCCCGUCGACAACGAGAGUUACAGGGGCAAGUACCUCCCGGAACAGGAGAAGUGGGUGCAGGAUUGCUUGGCCAAACGGCGGCAACGGGAAGAGCUUCAGAAACUAAAGGAGAAAAAUAUCGAGCGCAAGCGUAAGCGUAUGCUCGAAGAGAGCAGAAACACGAAGACCGGCCCGAAGCUAUUCGCAGCAAGCAUCCCGUCGAUAAACGGCUCUUCGAACUCACCGCUCAAUAUGCCUAAUCUGGGACGGGAUAUUUCGGCGAGCGCCGAAUCCCGGAUAGAUAGGGCGCGCCGAAUACGGCUUGCGAGAAUAAGAGAGGACCGGAGGGACGCGCUCGAAGAACAGGCCGAGAUCGAGAAGGCCGUCGAGACCGAGGUCCUCGCCCUCUUCCCCUGGCUGGGCCACGCCGCUAGGUUCGCCCUGAGCCCCACGGAAGGGAUGAAGCUCAAGGCGCUGGACUGGUACAACAAGCAGCGUGAGAAGAGAAAGAUGGGCUGGGAGCUCAUCGAUGAUGAUGAGGAGGAGCGUACGGCGCGGAUGAAGAAGAUUGAGAAGAUGCUUACCGCUGCUGGUGUCUGGCCGCCUCAGGACCCCAAGAAGGACGUCGAGAAGAAGGCCGAGGAGGCUGGUGCUUCGGCACAGCCUGAGGAAGUGGAACUGCAAGAUUUGCAGGCCGUCGUCCCUCCUGUCGACAAUCGAGAGCCUGAGCGAAAGACGGAUGCUCAGUCAAAGGCCGAGUCGAAGGCCGAGCCGGAUCGAUUCCAAGAACUGGACGCAAAGGAAGCAACCAUAACCUACUUUCCGUUACUUCCUGAAGAUCGACUCACGGCCGACGAUGACGCUUUACCCGGGCCUCAGACUCCGCGGACCUCUGCCGCUUUUGAGCAAUGGGAGAAGGACAAUGUCACAACUGUCCGCCCUCUCCACCCCGUCGGCAGCACAUUGCAACGUCCUCCGACCGGGUCGCCCAGGAAUCUGGAAGCGUUUAUCUUGCCGUCGGAGGAGGAUCAGCAGCAACAGCAGCAGCGGGCAGAGGCUCGCAAUAUUGAGAGGGUGAAGAACUUCGACAAGAUCGAGGCCGACGCCCGCAUGCCGACCUCCAUAACCUUCUUCCCCGACCAGGUCUUCUCAACGGACCGAAAGGCCAAGAUCGAGACCGAUCACUCGUCUGCCGGCGUCAUCGCUGGUUGUGAGUGUUACGAGUGUUCACUACAAUCCAGGCAGAGAUUUGCGCCGAAGCCUAUGAGCAAAGACACAAAGGGCGCAUAUGGAUCUUUUGCAGAGUUCCGUGUUGAUGACAAUAUGUACACCUUCAAUACUCGACCCUACGAUACUCAACCUUUAAAGCCCGAAUCCUACAACACUCCCGCGACUUCCUACGACAUUGAGCCCCUCGGCACUCAACCGUUCGACAGUCCUCAAUCAAUCAACGCCGAAACCCCCGGAUCGCCAGUCGGAACCCUCAUGGAUAUACCGUCGCUCGCUCGUGAAUACCUCAUGAGUCCUUACAACACGGUUCAACCCUACUCUCUUCUACCCUAUUCCGCCCACGAUUUACAGCCUCACUUUGCCGGCUCUUCGAACAAUUCGAACAAGCGCACUACUCAAACCUACGUUUACAGUGCCAACCGUAACGACGAUCGCAAGACAUACCCACCGAGCCCGGUUCCCGGCUUGUCCGACACCCGGCCGACGCCCCUCCAGGAGCCGAAGAAGCCGCAGCCCGAGGCCAAGUUCGACUUGGACAAGGCGUACCGGGAUCUGAUCACCAAGGUGCGCGACUGGCACCUCUCCACCGCGGCGAGCGUCAAGGCCGUACAGGCGGACCUGGACAGGGCCUCGGCUACGGUGAACAGGUUGGAGAAGAAGGUAGAGGAGCAGACGCAGGCUUUUGAUCUGGAUGUCGUCGACACCGCUUGCAACUCCCCUUCUUCUGUUCCUGACCUUUCCCGCAUGCCGGGCGAUUCUACGGAUUUGCCGCCCCGGCCCGCCCCUUUCUCUCCUCCUUCUCAUGUUCUCACCCCUUCCUGUAUAUGGGACAUGGACGACUGUUUGGGUUCGCCUGCCUCAGCCAUCCAUUGCUCUCCCCUUUCUUUUUCUCCUACCCCUUCGCCCUUUUGUCUGAAUCCGUCGCCCCGGCCUGUCUCUCGCUCUCCCCCUCCUCGUUUCCCUACCCCUUACCCCCAGUGGUGGCACGAUUCGCCGUCCUGGCCCGUUCCUCACGUGUAUCUCCCGCCCGCCGAGCCUGCCACGGGUGUUUCGAUCACUACGCCCGUCCCCGUCACUGCGAACGUGAAGGGCGACGAGGUGGAGUCUGCAAAGCCCGAUGUGGAGAGCAACGUUGCGAACUUCGUCAAGGAUGUCAAGGACGAGAAGGAGAAGACCGAGGAAGCCGAUAUUGAGAAGAAGAUUGAGGAAACCGACGUGGAGAAGGUCGAGGAAGCUGACUCCGAGAUCCAGGAAGGGCACUUCGCUCAUCGCGAGAACGAGGAGUCGGACUUCGAUGCCGACUUCGCCGAUGACGAGGUGCCGAACUUGGAUUUGUUUGACUACGAGACGGUUGAGCAAUACCAGCUUGACGACGACGAGUAUGACGAUUGCUCGUGA